CGCGCGCCUCCAGCCGGACCGCUUCGGGGGCUGCACCGGAGGUUGGGGACCGCAGUAGCGGCCUCACCGCCCGCCCUCGGGGCUUCGAGGGGCGCUGUUGAGAGACGGGGUGUCCGGGCGCUGGGGCCUCCGCUGGCCUUGACCUGACUUCCCUGAGAGGAGGAGAUGGAGUAAAGCGGCAAAGCGUGCUUCACAGGAGCGGGGGGUUUCAGUCCUGCCUCGCCCACGUUACUCCGCAAGCCUUGGCCUCAGUUUCCCCACCUGCAAGCCGGGAAUCGUAACCGUGAUCUUACGUGUGGCGCUCAUAGGCGCCCGAAAAGGAAAGGGAAUGGAAAGGCCCAUUCUACUUCAUCCAAGGCGCAGACCCACAGUUCGGGCUCAUGAAGGCCUGGUCCACCGGGAACUGUGACAGCGGCGGUGACGAGUGGGGGCAGGAGAUCCGUCUAACUGAGCAAGCUGUUCAGGCCGUCAACAAGUUGAAGCCCAGACCCAGAUUCUUUGUUCUCUGCGGGGACCUCAUCCACGCCAUGCCAGGGACGCCCUGGCGGAAGGAGCAGACCGCGGACUUGCAGCGGGUGCUGGCCCGCGUGGACAGCGACAUCCCGCUGGUGCUCGUCAGUGGCAACCACGACUUGGGCAACGCACCCACGCCCGAGACCGUGGCAGAGUUCCAGCGGACCUGGGGGGACGACUACUUCAGCUUCUGGGUCGGGGGUGUCCUGUGCCUCGUGCUCAACUCCCAGUUCUGGUACGAUGCCUCCCGGUGCCCCGCCUUGAAGCAGGCGCAGGACCAGUGGCUGGACCGGCAGCUGAGCGUCGCGGGCCAGCGCGAGUGCCAGCAUGCCAUCGUCUUCCAGCACAUCCCGCUCUUCCUCCAGAGCAUUGACGAGGACGACGACUACUUCAACCUCACCAAGUCUGUGCGCAGGGAGGUGGCUGACAAGCUCGUCCGAGCAGGUGUCACAGCUGUGUUCUCAGGCCACUACCACAGGAAUGCCGGGGGCACCUACCAGAACCUGGACAUGGUGGUGUCAUCUGCCAUCGGAUGCCAGCUGGGCCAGGACACCCACGGGCUCCGAGUCGUCGUGGUCACUGCCGAGAAAAUCGUUCACCGCUACUACAGCUUGGAUGAGCUGAGUGAGAAGGGGAUAGAAGACGACCUCAUGGGCCUGAUGAAGGAAAAGUGAUGGUGGCUGGCGAUCUCGUGUUUCACUUCCCCUGGUUUUUUACUUUACCAGAAGCAGCAGGUACGCACCGUCCUUUGUUGAAACAUAAAAGUACUCCAAGCCGAUGUGUGGAUUUUUGUCCUUUUGCAUAAAUCAGAGAGCUGGGUCCUCUCCUCCUAUCCUAAAUUGUAUUCAAAGUAGAGCUUCCCUCCCUUUAAAAAAGAGAGGAGUUGGGGGAACUGGAAAAUAAAAGAAUAAAUGAUUCUAGCGUCUCUCUGCUUGGAUGCUUGAAUAAAUUCUCCGAGUGCUGUGUCCCUCAGCUCUGCUUGUGAAUUAGUGCUUGUGAAUUAGCAUGUGAUAAAUGUCUACCUGUUGACCUCCAUCCCACCUUGAUAGCCAAGUGUGGUCUUUGAAAAUUCUGUGAUCAGACCGCAUCCGAUCGUACUAAAUUGUGGUCACGACUCCCAAAGUGCUAGGCAAAACACGGGUCAUCUCCUUUCCUUCCUAACAAAGCACAUGACUGUAACCCAUUAGGGCUACGCAGGCUUGCUUUUACAAGGAGCUGGGUAGACCACAUCUGCUACUAAAUUUUGAGACUCCCGGCAUUGUUGACAACGUGGUCGGUACAAGUCAAAGUUGAACGUGCCUUCUGGGUGACAAGAAAAUCCUGCUUGGCACAUGAACGGGCCAUCUGUAGAAACCUCAUCACAGAGACUGGAACUGAAGCCCCACACCCUGGCUUCGUUCACAUUCACGUCUGACAGCGUGGCGACCCUGCGGAUUGGCAUCCUUGUGGAAUGGGAGUGGCCCUCCGCUUAUGAGACUCUUCGCUGUGUCCGUUUGGACAGAACAAGUGGGAGUUGCUGCGGAGUUCUCCAAGGGAGCAAAGCAGAGACUCUGGUGGGGCAGGAAUGGAGCUUUUGGCCACAUCAUCUAAAUCAGCCCUGGCUUUGAGGAAAUGCACCGUAUCCCUUGACGAAGGAGCACGGGCGGUUUGAAAUCAGUGUCAUUUUUACGUGAUCUCCUUUGCUGCUGCUUUGCCACCGCCACUGACCAUGGCGCGAUCUCGUCCGUCGCCCUGGCGGACGGGGAGCCUGGGCUGUCUGUCCAGCCCCAGGCUGUCUGUCUGUCCUGCGGGGAAUAUUUCACAACGCCGUGCAGUAGUGUGCUGGCAUACGCAUACAGAUGGGCUGCAAAGUCCCUUAAACCACAAGACUUUCGUGUUACAGAGUUUUAGUCAAUGUGGCAAAACCGUGAGACAUUAAAUAGGAAGAUAAUUGGAUAUGUAAAUUCAUAAGGAAAAAAGAUGAGAAGUUAAUUAUACUACAGAUCCGUGAUGCACCAUAGCUCUUCGCUGUGUGACACAAGAAAAUCAGAAUUUUUCAAAAUUAGAAUGCCCUUAUUUUAGGACUUUGCUGCAGUCUUGAUUUGUGUUCCAUUUUUCUUUACAACAGGUGUGGAUUGAGGAGGUCAGGAACAGCAGUUCAGUAAAAGGUGUAACUUUUUGUUUCAUUUUAUUUGGGGGAGGAUAUGGAUUAAAUUAAACGCAAUGGAAAUGAAACGUCUGAGUCUCCUUCCCCAGAAACCUAAUAUGUAAAAAAAUUGAUUCAAGAUACAGCAAAGAUAUGCUAAGAAUAGGGAAUCCUAUGAAAUUCUAAC